AUGUCCAACCCUAAGCAGGGGGCCCCCUCUACGGGGGCCCCUACUGAGUCGGCUUCUUUGAAAGAUGCUGCAGAAGCAGCUAACUCGGAUGAAUCUUCUCGUAGAAGAGAGGAGGCCACUGAUCCUGCUGCUGCAGCAGCAGAGCAGCGGGAGCAGCAGCAGAACCCGCAGCAACAGCAAGAGCAGCAGCAGCAGCAUCUGGGGAGAGAGCCGCAGCAGGAGGGUCCAUCGACCGAAUCUCAAGCCCAGCAACAGCAGCAAGAACAGCAGCAGCAGCAGCAGCAACAGCAGCAGCAGGAGCAGCAACGGCAACAGCAGCAGGAGCAGCAACAGGAGCAAGAACAGCAGCAACAACAGCAGCAGCAGCAGCAGCAGCAGCAGCGACAAACGGAGAGAACCGGAAGGCGAGACAGCGGUAUCAGGAAGCUUUCGUCGACAAGUUUGUCUGACAGCAGUGUCGGGCUUGCGCAGCAAAUGAAGGCUCUAGGAGCACUAGCAGAGUCCAGCAGCAGCCGCAGCAGCAUGGGCAGCGCUGCUCCUGUCGGUGUUGCUGUUGCUGGCUCAGGCCGUCUCCGCGUAAUGCGGAGGGAAGAUUCUGUCUCUUUAAAAGCAGCAGCAGCAGCAGCAGCAGCAGCAGCUGGCGGUACAUCAGAGGGGGAAGGACAGCAGCAGCAGCAGCAGCAUGUGAUGAAUGCAUCCGAUCGCGGCUCUAGUGGCGAGUUGGGGCCGAGUGCUGCUGGCAGCAGCAGCAGCAGCAGCUCUUGUAGCAGCGCAGGAUUGUCUCCUCGCUUGGGGGCUUCGCUGCUGCUGCGGCCUUUUGCUUCUUCUGCCUCUGUUGCAGAUGUUGCUGUAGCUAGAGGUCAAGAAGAACUCGCAGAAAUCUUCUGGAAACCAGACGCAGCAAAUCUUCAAAGCCACUUGGGCGGCAGUUGGAGGCCUCGGCUGCUUGUCGGAGACAGUCGCGAGAACAUGCCUGAAGCCCUUGCACAUGACAUUGAAGAGGCGAGUGGGGCGCAGCACUCCUCGGGGCUGGGGAGCGACAGGGAUGGGCCUGGAAAGACGGCACGGCGAGGCAGCGGAGCAGCUGAUUGCCAGGCGCUGAAGGAAGGCCUUGCGGGGAUGAGUCGAACAUUUCUGGCGGAUGUUCAUGGAGAGCUGCAGCAAGAAGUUAGCAGGAGGCAGCAGCAGCGGCAGCAGCAGAAGCAGCAGCAGCAGCAGCAGCAACAGCAACAGCAGCAAUGGAGAGAGGAGCCGGAGGUGUAUGUAGUCGAAGGACUCCCUUCAGUGCCUCCGCCCGCACCAAGUGCAGACGAAACAACAACCUCUGCAGCAGAAUGCGAUGGUGGUUCUGGGUUAUCGGAGUUAUCUUUUGAGGGUAUAGACCUCGACUUGGCCUUCGAACGAUUUGCAGGGGCGGACUUCUCACCAACCGAGACACCCGACUCAGAUAUGUUGCAGCUGUACGCUGCAAACAAGAUAGAGAGGAGGCGCAGCAGAAGCCUUCGAGAGAGAAAGGAGUCGCCUUUAAGCAGAUUCAGCAGACUUCAAAAAGAAAUACCCCAAGCUGUUCAACUCGUUGAGAGUCUCUGCGAGCAUGUGGAGGAGACGCGGAAGCAGCAGCAGCAAGAGGAUCGCUCGUGUGGCGCUGCAUAUAUUUUGUCUUUGAAUACGGCUCUUGCUGCGGCAACGCAGCAGGCAGAAGCUGCUGUGCUAGAGGGAGUAGCAGCAGAUGCUGCGCUGCAGCGGGUGCUCUUCAAGCAGCAGCCGCAGCAGCAGACUGAGGAGGCCUCAUACCUUGAAGCCAGCGACACAGGGGGCCUUCUCGCCCCGCUCUACUGCCCCAGCACUUGUAUAGAGAUGGAUGCGUUGGUGCGGAGCGCUCAGGAACAGCUGCAGCACCAGAAGCAGCAGCACUACCAGCAACAGCAGCAGCAGCAAGCCGUCAGCAGCAACGGUAGCGCGCUUGAGGUGCUGGAUGCUACACACUUAGCGAUGGCCUCGCAAGCUGCUGCAGCCAGACGGCUGCUGCAGCUGGAAGACCGACUCCAGCGGCUUGAAAAACUUUGUGUGCCUGCUGCAGCGGCAGCAACAUCAGCAGCAACAGCAGCAACAACAGGAUCAGCAGCAGCAGCAGCAGCAGCAACAGCAGCAGCAGAAGUAGAAGCAACGAAGGCAGCAGAUCCUGAGGUUCUGCAGUUGGCUUCUCAAUGGGAGGCAGACCCGCACGCUCCAACACUCGUCGAGUUGGCGUCUCGUCUGCACUGCUUGCUGUCGCUUGCUGCGGAUCCUUCGCCUCUGUCUGAGCUCUCUGCGCGUCUCUCGGUGGUGGGUUGCUGCCUGGCUGAGCAGGAGGAGCAGCAGCAUGAGCAGCAGCAGCAGCAGCAGCAGCGGCAGCAGCAGCGGUGGGAGCAGGAGAGAGGCCUAUUAGGAGAAGAAGAUCUAAUAGAAUUCUCCCCUGAACAGAUUGCACUGUCGCUACACCAGAAACUGCUUCCCUGUAAACAUUUAGUAGACAAACUUCCUGAAGUGCGUGUCGCCUUGAGUCAGGCCAAAGACAGAUUCGCUGAUGUAAGAACAAACCCUAAACCCUAA